UUUCUUAGGGCUUGGUUUGUUGAACAGUGUGAGAGGAGCACCUGGGAGAGUUCCAAUGGCGUCGAGAGCUGUGAUCGCGAGGAGGAUCUUCGGCCGAGGUGGUUUGGGGGUAGCUGGAGCUCGGGCGAUGUCCACGGGUUGGUGGGGAGGGGUGGAGCCGGCCGCGAAGGAUCCGAUUCUUGGCGUUACGGAAGCAUUCCUUGCUGAUCCUAGCCCUAACAAAGUCAAUGUCGGCGUUGGAGCUUAUCGGGAUGAUGAUGGGAAGCCGGUGGUUUUGGAGUGUGUUAGAGAGGCUGAGAGGAGGAUUUCUGGCAAUCUUAAUAUGGAAUAUCUUCCAAUGGGAGGAAGUAUCAGGAUGAUAGAGGAGACCUUGAAGCUAGCAUAUGGGGAGAAUUCAGAGCUCAUCAAAGAUAAAAGAAUUGCUGCUGUGCAGGCGCUGUCAGGGACUGGUGCCUGCCGGCUCUUUGCGGAUUUCCAGAAACGUUUUCUUCCUGAUUCACAAAUUUACAUACCUGUUCCGACCUGGUCCAAUCACCAUAACAUCUGGAGAGAUGCCCAUGUCCCACAGAGGACUUUCCAUUAUUACCAUCCUGAGUCAAAGGGAUUAGACUUUGCGGGACUGAUGGAUGAUGUCAAGAAUGCCCCAAAUGGUUCUUUUUUCUUGCUUCAUGCAUGCGCUCAUAAUCCUACAGGGGUAGAUCCUUCUGAGGAACAAUGGAGAGAAAUAUCUUAUCAGUUCAAGGUAAAGAAUCAUUUUGCAUUUUUUGACAUGGCAUAUCAAGGAUUUGCUAGUGGAGAUCCAGAAAGAGAUGCUAAGGCAAUUCGGAUUUUUCUUGAAGAUGGCCACCUUAUUGGUUGUGCCCAAUCAUAUGCAAAGAAUAUGGGGCUCUACGGACAAAGAGUUGGAUGUCUCAGUGUUUUGUGCGAGGAUGAAAUGCAAGCAGUGGCUGUGAAAAGUCAGCUGCAACAAAUUGCAAGACCUAUGUAUAGCAACCCUCCUGUGCAUGGUGCCCUGAUUGUUUCCAUCAUCCUCAAUGAUCCAGAUUUAAAGAAUCUCUGGCUGAAGGAGGUUAAGGGUAUGGCUGACCGAAUCAUUGGAAUGCGUACUGCCCUUCGAGAAAACCUUGAAAGCUUAGGUUCAUCAUUAUCCUGGGAGCAUAUAACCAAUCAGAUUGGAAUGUUUUGCUACAGUGGAUUGACUCCUGAACAGGUUGAUCACCUGACAAAUGAGUUUCAUAUAUACAUGACCCGUAAUGGUCGAAUCAGUAUGGCGGGUGUGACAACGGGCAAUGUCGGCUACUUGGCUAAUGCUAUCCAUGAAGUCACAAAAUCUUCAUAAGAUUAUAAGGGAAUAAAUGAGGCUUUAUUAUUCUCAGGUGGUAACAUUCCUGAAUUUUCCAUCGAAAUAAGUGUGAUCAAUGUAGCUUGACUCAUUUCAGCUCAUCGUUUUAGCCAAUUUUCCAUAAACAAAUUUACAUUUAUUUUUUAGCAUGUAGAUUUUACUGGUCCAAAAUUUCCAUGUUAUACUUGUCAAACAAAAAGAGAGGUAGUCUAAUAAAUUUAAUUUCAGUGACAUUGUUACAAAAACUAUACAAGUUACAGGCAAUGAAAUCUGAUUGACAUUUUUUAGGUUA